AUGAUUCAUGAAAAUGUAACUGGUUUUGAUCCAUUUCCAAGAACGGUUAUUGAUGAUGAAUUAAUUACUCCUACAGAUAAACGUGUUUUCGCAUUAGCAACAGAUCUUCGUCAAGGAUACACUAUCGAACGUUUAUUCGAAUUAACAAAAAUUAAUCGAUGGUUUCUCGACAAAUUUUCCUCGAUUAUUCAAUUUAUUAUUAAUCAUUCGGAUGCAUCAGCAAUUGAAGAUCGAUCACUUCUACUCGAAGCCAAACGUCUUGGUUUUUCUGAUAAACAAAUUGCAAUGUAUUGUAGUAGUAGUGAACCUGAAGUUCGUGGAUCACGUGAAGGAUUUGAUAUACGACCAUUCGUUAAACAAAUCGAUGCUGUACCUGCUGAAUGGCCCGUACAAAUGAAUUAUCUUUAUUUAACUUACCAUGUUGAUAAUAAUGAUGUACAACCGAUUACAAUUGAAGCAACACCAAUUUUUGUAUUUGGAUCUGCUUUUUAUCGAAUUGAUAAAAUGUCGUUAAUCGGUGAAGAUUUUCGUCUUAUAACAAUAUCAGAUGUAAUGAGUGAUUUACAAAGGCAAUCAUUUAUAUUAGAUAAUGAUACUCAACGUCAAAUUGUUCAAAUUGUUUUGAAAUUAUUAAACAAUACAAAUGAGGAAGUACAAAAUCAAGCUGUUAAAUGUCUUAGUUUAUUAGUAUAUAAAAUAAAAGAAGAUCAAAUUCGAAUAAUAUGUCAAACAUUAUGUUCAAAUUGUACAAAUGUAUCUACAAUUACUAAACAAUUACGUUACAUUUCAAAUCUUGGUUUAAAAGCUGUCAUGGAAUCAUUAAUAAUAAAUGGUAAUGGUUUGGACAAUAAAGCUCAUAUUCUAAAGGAAAUAAUGAAUUAUUUCAUAAAUGAUAUUCGUAAUGAAGAACUUGAAACAACAACAGAUUUAAAUAUAAUUAUCUUUAUGCUAACAAAAACAAUUAAAAACAAAAAUAUAUAUUGGGAAUUUCAUCAAAAAUUAAAAGAAAUAAAAUUAAAACUUUUAUAUUCCAAUAAAAAAAACACAAAUGCGCUCUGUAAUAUAUUAUCAAAGUAUGUAUUUAAAUUAUCUAUAAUCAUAAAACAAAUCUUUUUUUUUUAUCGCAAUAUUCCAUGUUAUUCGAAAUUCUCCUGUUAUUAUGCUGAUCUUGAAGAAAAGAACGAAAAUGUUACUCAACGAUUAUCUGAUCCAUUAUUAUUUGACUCAACUACCACUCCUGCAACAUGA